ACCGGGCCUCCUUCUCAAAAUUUGGAAAUCACAAUUCCCUCGAAAAUCGGCCGCAAACUGCCUCCUAUCUCCGACCAAUCAACUGAGACUACACCUGAUCGAAAACCUGAUCAAAUCCUAGGCAUUGUGAUCGGCUGUGUGAUUGGCGCCAUCUGCAUAAUAAUGUGCACCAUAGUGCUGGUGUACCGACACAAAUGCACCAAGCGGGGGCCUAUCUGCCGCACCGGGCAGGCGGCCGCCAACGGCUCCACCGGCUUCUAUCUGCCGCCCUCCACGCCUUUGACGAAAUGCACGAAAUGGAGUGCUUCACCGGACCUCUCGACACCAAGGGUGGCUUUCCACAAGAUCAAGUGAAUGGAUUAAAGCUGACUCUACUCACCAAUGGACGAAUUCCCAAUGGACAUGCAACAAGAGAACGUGAUCAUGGUGUCAGAAUAACAGAAAAUCCUCAGUUCAACUCGCCGAUCGGCAAUCUGUCGCCGGGCUCGUGCGAGGGCAUGCGCGUGGCCAGCGACGAGGGUGACAGUCUGCUCAGUGGAGGUCUCCAGGAGGCGGAGGUCGACGCCCUCGAGGAGGACGAUGAUGGCGAGAGCACCAGCCUCAACGACACGCAACUGACAGUACUGGACUGUUGCCAACAGCAUGGAAACGACAGGCAUCUGACAGCCUGUUGCCAACAGCACGGAAACGACAGGCACCUGACAGCAGCGCUGGACUGUUGCCAACAGAACGAGGCGACUGUCAAGUGCUGCAAGGCAGAACGGAUGAUAGCCGACGAUGAUGACGGCUUCCAUGAGAACGAGGCCACCGUCAUCAUCACCUCAUCAUGUUGGGGCCCACGGAUGAGUGCGGCACAAGCGGCUGGCACCCCGUCGCAAGCUCCUGCCGUUCUAGUACACACACAACUCACUCUCAGUCACAGACACACACAAUCGGCACAACAG